CUCCAUCUACGCAUACACACCCACAUUAACACACGCGCAUACAUAUAAACUCCAUCUACGCAUACACACCCACAUUAACACACGCGCAUACAACUCCCAACAUGCAUGAACACCAAUUAAACAGUAGAGCAAACAUCUAAAACAAGAUAUACAAAGUUGUGUAUAUGCAUAUAAAUCACCUGCAUAUAUGUGGAUGUGCGUAACUUUUCAGUGUGAACGGAAGGCAUGUCAGUUCAAACGGAAGGCAUUAAGUGAUCUUUUUCUCGAGCAAAUCAACAUGAAUUUCAGAGUGAUCUUGUUAACCGUGGCGUUUGUCGGUGCUUUAUUUACUUGUGCCAAUUGCAAUGAAGAUGAUAUAGUCGAUUUCUUUAAUAUUGUAUUACAUUGCUUAACGCGUAUACAGCAAGAGCCGAGAGAGUCGCUUUGUCGUGACUUGGAUAAUCAUGCCAAUACAAUUUACAGCCUUUUGUCCGUAGUUCGUAACGGAAAUCCCCAAUCUAGAGAAUGCAUCUUAAUUCUCGAGACGCUGUACCGCACACUGCGCCAAAUAACAUCGCUUGAAAUUGGAAGAGGUGCCUCAGCAGGAGCAGUCCCACCACCGACAUCUAGGACAGGCCACAGAGGUCGUCCCCGCUAUGACAUUUCACAUGAGCAGCUUUGCCAUUGUCUGCGACUUGGGUUUAACUGGCAGGGAAUUGCUUCCUUAUUAGCAAUAGACCGCCGCACUUUGUUUCAACACAGGCAGCGUCUUGGAAUCAGACCGUUGGAAUUUGCAGAGCUGUCUAACAAUGAAUUAAACACUCUUGUCAGAGAGAUUUUACAAAGAACCCCAAAUGCAGGCGAGACCUACAUUCUGGGCAGUCUCCGGUCUCGCUCCAUCCACAUCCAGCGUCGGAGGGUCCGACAAAGUUUACAUGAGAUAGAUCCUAUUGGAAGGUCUCUAAGGCGCCGACGUGCUGUCAGAAGAAGAAUUUAUUCUGUGCAAACACCUAACCAAUUGUGGCAUAUAGACGGAAAUCAUAAACUGGUCAGAUGGAGACUGGUUUUCCACGAGUGUGUUGACGGAUAUAGUCGCUGUAUUGUUUAUCUUGAGUGUCUGAACAACAAUAGAGCAUUAAGUGUUUUGUCGUUGUUCCAAGAAGGGGUUCAAAACUUUGGUUUACCAUCCAGGGUUAGAUGCGACCACGGCAUGGAGAACACAGAGGUUGCGCGCUACAUGUUAAAUAGAAGAGGACUAAAUAGAGGGAGUGUCAUUACGGGCCGCAGUGUCCAUAAUCAACGAAUUGAACGUUUAUGGGCAGAGUUAAACAGAGUUGUUUCAUAUUAUUAUUCGGACUUGUUUACUUUCAUGGAGGACCACGGUAUACUGGAUUCUCUGUGUGAGCUUCACGUGUUCUGUUUGCAUUUUAUUUACUUGCCUCGGAUCCAGAGGGCAGUUCGGGAAUUUAGGGAAAUGUGGAAUAACCAUGGACUCUCAAGUGAAAGAGGACAAACCCCUCUGCAGUUAUGGCACAGAGGUGUGGUUAGCCAUAUUGGAAUUAACAACACUGCUAUAUCUGGUGUGUUCGAAAGUGAUGAUCAUUGGGACGUCAACGAAAACCGACCAAUUCCAGAACUGCAGAGCAGGAAUAAUAUAGUAGUUCCUGAAAAUAUUUACCACCCAAAUGACACUACAAUGGAAAACAUUCUCGAAACAUUUAACCCAUUGCAAGAUGAUGGAAAUCAUGGAAUUGAUCUGUUUUUGGCGCUUGUACAAUUAUUGGUAAGACAACAGGUUGAGACACAGUAACAAUGUUUGUAAUGCAAGUGUUUAUUGCAAUUUAUUCCUGCAAAUGCUUUAUUUACUACACAGCAAAUGUUAUGUAAUUAAUCCAUAAACAUGCAUUUACAAAUGUAUUACACAAAUGCUUGUAAAAACAUGGAAAACAUCAGUUAAAAAAAGUAAUGUUAGGAUUGAUCAAAAAUGAUGAAAACUUCCUAACAAUGAGUUAAACAAAUGCCUCAAGAACACUGGCACAUUAACAUGUUAGCAUAAAGGUUGAAAAUGUUAAUUCCUAGUUAAAGGGAUAGUUUAUCACUUUUUACACACCCUCAAUUGGCUCUAUACCUUUGAGAUUUUUUUUUUCUAUUGAACAAAAAACAUUUUGAAUAAAGCUAAACCCUUUAACCAAAGAAACUCAAACGGGUUUGAAAAGUGAAGAGUAAAGAGUAAAUGACAAUUAUUUGUAUAUAAACUAGCCCUUUAAUGUUGAAACAUGAACUGCUAAGAUUAAUUGUAACAUUGCUGAAAAUUAUUAAAGGGACAGUACACUCAAAAAUGAAAACUGCCAUUAUUUAAUUAUCCUUCACUUAUUCAAAAUGUUUACUUAAUUUGUUUUGCCAAACAAAGUUAUAUUUUAAAAAAUACUGAAAACCUGAAACCACUUAAAAACUACUUUUGAAGUUAAUAGUUACAAGUCUAGUUCUUCAAAUUAGUUUAUUUAAUGUUUAACAAAGGAAAGUAAGUCAAACACGGUUGGAACCACUUGGUGGUGAAUAAAUAGUGAGUAGAUUUACAUUUUUGGGUGAACCAUCUCUUGCAAUCUAUUGCUUCAAUAAGAACCCUGGCUUAAUAUUAACAUCUUGGCAUUUAAGUCUCUCUUACUCCUUGCCAAAUCCAUGUGUAUUGUUGAUAGCAAAUUCCAUGUUGCUUUUAAAAGCACCAUAGGUGCUAUAUAAAGGCAGGCGAAGGCAGUUAAUGCAAGUAUUGGCUAUUGGAAAUCUUUGUAGAAGUUCAGAGUCAUGGUGAAAGGCAAUGGAAGGCUGGGGAUGAAAUCCAAUUGGUGGGACAUGAUCUGAUCCAGUGGUAAAGGAUAAGAUCGCGCCAAGCCUCUGUGCUCCUUCCUCUUGAGUAAACAAAAAAAAGCAAAAUAUCAACAACUAUACAGUAUAUUCAGCUAGUCAAGAAAAUAACUGCAAAACUGUUGCAGUAUUAAGAAAGCAAUACCCUUUAUGAAACCUGCAAAUGUAAACAUUAAAAAGGUAUAAUAAAAACUAAUGUGUUCUGUCUUGA